UAGAGAAAUAUCAGCUCUUGCGGUGCUGGUACCACUGGGGUGUUUCUCUCGCUGAACCUUCUCACUCCCCCGACUAUUCACCACCUCGCCUUCUCUUCCUUCCUCUUCCCGUCCAUCCCAUACAUCCGUUCGCUCGUUCGUCCGUUCGUUGUUCGUAGCGAGAGUGCCUCGUCGCGGAAGAAAAGGAAAAAAAGAAAGAAAGCUGGACCGUAUGCACGACGACGUUCGGAAAUGCAGAAGCUGGGCUCAAUGUUACCGCUCUCCACCCUCGGUCCGUCAUCCCGAGUCCUCGGCACCCUCGACUCCGUCCUGCGACGAUGCCUUUUCCUCACCGUUCUGCUCGCCAUCUUCGCCGUCGCCUCCGCGGAUUCCGAUGCAAGUACCACGAAAGCCGAGAUCCUCGCCUUCGAUCUUCUCCCCAUCACCAAUUCGACACGGAACGGUAUCUUUGAGGUGACGCUCGGCGACGAUGGCCAGAAAGUCGCUCUCCUGGCUUCGCUCUACACGAAUUCCGAUGCUAUGAUGGAGGUUCCGAUCGCUGCGUUGUGCGCCACUAGUCAGGAGGGAUGGAAUCCAAUUUUGCAGCCAACGGCGGGAACUGUGGUCGUGGUUGGAACGUCUAAAUCGCAGGAGAGUAGCUUGAUUGGGGCCGGACAGGUGGUUGUGAGGUGGAAAUUGGGGCCAGCGUCGGAUGCAAACGCAGUCGUCAGUCUGACGUUGAGAAAGGGUCGCGGUAGUAAUGCCAAAAAUGUUACCGUUGUUGAAUCCAAAAUGGCCGACGACGGUGAAUACCCGUGGAAUGCAGCCGAGACCUUCCACGACGAGGGCCUUAAGAACGGAAACGAUUACUCUCUGAUGCUCUGGAGCGACUCACCUGCGCGACAGUCGAUAUCGGGAUACUUCUCGUUGCAGACAACCACCAGCAGCGGAAGCGGCACCACUAUCGAAGUCGAGACCCUCACUCCGGCGGAACUCAAACGACAACAGAAGUGCCUUAACUACCUGGCAAACGAUGGAGGAUAUUAUAAUCAGUCUCUUGAUUUGGAUUUCACGAAACAAGAGUACUAUCUAGACUCGUACAGAAACAAUCGGACUGGAUGGGAAAUCAGCAACACGGGGGUGGGGACCACCACGUUGACGUUUGAGGGUCAAAGCGAAAAGGGGGCAAAAUCGACGAUGAACUUCAAUGAAUCUACCAUGGACUUGAUAUCGAGCUCGACCCUGGGAAGGGGAAUGUUUUCCCUCAGUAUGCUGCAGGCUGCGAGGAAUGCCCCGGUCCAGGAGAUGAAUGUCAUCGCACUGAGUCUUGGAACACCGGGACAUGCCGGCUCGGUAGUACUCGGAGGCUACGAUGAGGCUUUGGUUGACAAUACCCAGAGGGCAGUGUUCGACAAGGGAGAUGAAUUGCCUCAUGCUUUCCAUGCGUCCAUGAUAAAGCUCGCGGUUAAAUCCGGCGAAACUUCGACAGCUGUCCUCGACGAUCGUACCAAUGCGGACUCCCGCACAGAUGUGGGUCUUGUGUACGACGACUAUGGUCUUCGUCUCUCGGACGACAUCCUUGAUUCCCUCUUGCCUCUCAUUGGCAAUCCCAAAUUCGACAAGAAUAUCAAUGGCUAUGUCUACACUGGCACUCCUAAGACGGAUUACAGCUUGAGCUUCACCCUGUACAAUGGCUCCGCCGAAGUGAUUAUCAGUGUACCGGCGUCGUCACUCAUCGUCACCGAAACAUCGCUUGAUAAUCCUCUUACUCCCCACAACGAGACUGGCAAGACGUACCUUCGCAUAUCACCGACCACCGAUGGCUCCGAGGAAGGACAAUAUCUCGGACGGUCUUUCCUACAGCACGCGUACAUCAUAGAUUCACCGUCGACGAUUGGAAAGUUCGUCUUGAGCGCACUCCCUUCACCUUACCCCGGCGAGAAGAGUUUGGUAGCCGCUUCGCCGUCGUCGAUCGGAAUCUUUGAUGGCAAAUUUUCGACCACGGACAGUGGACCAAAUAUUGGUCCCAUGGUGGGUGGCAUCGUGGGCGGUAUUGUUUUCCUGGCGUGCAUUAUUAUCGGAAUCUUUUGGUAUCUCCGUCGCAGAAACCGGCGAUUUGGGCCGCAUGGAGGUCGUCACAGCAUCAACAUCACCGAUGCUUCUUCCUAUGAAGGCGAAUCUCCGCUGGGCCAUAUCGCACACCACCAUCGUGGAGGAGAGAAAGGCAUGGGCUCGGUUCACACGAAUCCCUCUGCUCGGACCACAGCAACUAUACCGAUCCGUUACGCCCCCUCCUCGGCCCCCUCCUGGACACCUUCCUACGACAAGGAAAGCGUUUCUGCAUAUCCGUACUCACCACAACCACAAUCGCCCGGCACCCCUCGCAUCAUCACCAGCCAACCGGUUAUCAGCUUCUCUUCGACUCCGUCAUCGUCUUCGCACAAUAGCGUUCGCAGCGGCUCGCGGCGUGGGGAUUCAAUGCUCUCAGUUUCGCAGUCCGCGAAAAUGCGUCGAACCAGCGAAGUAUCAACCGUAGCGAGGGAGUACGAUGCCAUGGCCGAAGAGCCAGAGCCGGAUGAUUUCGUUGUCAUCGCUACCGCCCAACCGAUACCACAGCUAUACCGAUCGGCAACCGUGGGGAAAAUGUACAAACCAGGAAGAGCACAGAAUCUCGAUAAGUUGACGCCACCACAAACCCCAGGAAUCGUCAGUAUCACUCGGAGCAAGAGCAAGAGCUCAACAGCCAGCGCCCCCGCCAGCAGUGGCGAAAAGCGUGGCCACGCACGAACCGCUAGUUUGGGACGUGUCAUGACGCCUACCGAAGGCCCUACAGUCGUCACUGUUGGCCCAAAGAGUCCGAAGAGUCCUAAGGGCAGCGGAGGGAUGUUACGCGGCAGUAUAUCGGGAAGUGGGGGUAGCAGCGGAUCCCUCGAAAAGCUGCAGGAGGAAGGCAUGGCAAUUGAGAUGCAAGCACGGCCGCAAUCAACCACUCUUGUCGCGGAGUUGGACGGCGAGGAUCACAACCGACCAUUAACGACGCAAACGCAGUCCAGCGGAGCGCUGCUAACCCCACGAUUUCCCACCACUUCGAUUAACUCCUCGGGAUCCCGCGCUGGAAGCAUGAUCUUGGACCAGGAAAUGACUUUCACGCAAAUAAUCGAUUCAACACAACACUCCCGCUCGGGCUCCUCACACACCGAGGAGGAGUUAUCUAUCCGAGUACGAAGAAGCAGCGAGGAGGUGUUCGGACUGAACGCGGCCCGGGACGAUCAGUUUCCGCCUGGCCUGUCGGACGGUUGGCUCGCGAGUAGCGGUAGCAGCGGGACCAGUGGGGCGGAGAAGCCGGUCCGACAAGAACAAUUCCGGAACUCGACAGCAGCAGGGAGCAAACGAAGUUCGAGGCGAAACUCUAAGCACGACGGUUAACUAAAUAUAAUGUCCUAUUUUCCUUUUUUUUAUCUUACGAAUUUUUUGGAGUUGACGGCUUGGCUUGUGUGUGGGAGGGGGUUGCAAUGAUGGGCCACUUGCAGGCAGGGCUCAUGCAAAUUUUUACUUAUUCUAUUCGGUGUACAUACUAUAGAUCAUUUUUCACUCACAUAAACCCCCUUAGUUCCCCCUCACUUUUUUCUUUUUUUCUUUUUUGAUGAUAACUAGAGUGGGAUCUCUUUUUCGUUCACACUUAUGUACUGUCGGUGGAGAGGCUUGCGUUGUAUUCUUCCGAUGCCGUAUAUAUACCCUGUAUCUACGUAGCCUGUCAAAAUACCAGCACAAAUAACAGAGCUCUAAAGUACCUACAC